ACUUACUGAGUUUAUCUCAUAGUUUUUCCUUGUCUACCAUUUCAGUAAGUGAAACCGAGGACGGGAAAACCACGAGAAGUGAUGAGUUAGAAGGCUAGCCAUUUUGUAAAUUGAUAUAGAUUUUAGAAAUGAAUCAUGAUCUUGUAAACUAGAGUGUAUUUGGAGAUUCAUGAUAUCAGAGCAAAUUAUAAAAUUUGAUCUUCAGAUUUUGUGGAUUGUCAGAUGUGAUAUGAAAGUUCUGAGCAUUGUGCAUUUGUGGGACCCGUCUUACGAGUGCACGGCGUCUGACACGUCCCCGGAUUUGGGUUCUGGGGCGUGACACACUUUUUCUUAAGUAUGCUUAGUAUUCUAUGAAUUAAUAUUUUUCAUUUCUUAAGCUGUUCUCCCUUAAUUUAAUAAAUAUGUAAUGGAAAAUAAUAAUAAAUAUAUUGGUUUAAUAUAUAUCAAAUAUUUGGAUAAAAAGAAAAAAAGAAAUUUACCUAAGCAUUUGGAAUCUGCCAUUUGCAGCUCUUUAUGCUUUGGUUUUGAUUUGUUGUUGCUGCUAAAGCCACCUCCUUUGGCAGAUCCGCUCCUCCUUCAAUGCUGCAGCUUCAUCUUGCUUAGAUUUGCUGCUUUAACAAAAUUUUAGAGCUUUG